GGAUGUGAAAAUCGAGAGAGAGAGCUCAUCCUUUGCGCCGCUCGCCGGAUCCGGCACAGCAGUGGCAGUGACGACGCUCGCUCACUCGCUCGCUCGAUCGCCGUCGCUAUCCGAGCGCCUUCCAUUGCGCUCCUCGUCGUUCAACACGGACGUGACACGGACGGGUGCGGGUGCUGGGCAAGCGGGCAAAGGGGUAGCGAGCGCGUUUGGGGGGACGAGGUUGUCGGCGGCGAUCGGAGCGAAGCGGAGAAUCGCAGACGGCGCGGCCACGACCGUGACACCGCCACCGCCAUCGCCACCGCGCCGAUAGAUUCCAACCCGCCCCGACCGCCCUCGUUCCGCAGCGACGCCGGCAAGAAUAAUCCGCUGAAAAAAUUUAAUCGACAGAGCCCGCCUGCUAUUUGCGACUGCGGCGGCCGGCGGUGAAUCAUUGACGGCGGCCGUGUUUGUUUGUUCGUUCGUUCGUUCCGCGUCGCACGGGGCGAUGAGGUGAGCGAGGGGACGGAGGGGAGGGUGUGCGAAGAGCGUGCGACAUCGUCGUCGAUAUUAAGAGGCUCCUGGUUCCGUCAUCGAGAGAGGAGGGGGGGGGGAGAACGAGGUGGGAAGAAGAGGCGGUCGUUAGCCCGAGCGUGUGUGUGUGUGUGCGAGAUCCUCCGGGAGAGCGAGAGUAGAGCGAGAGGAGAGAGCUGCCGUCAAUCGUGAGCGCUUGAUUAGAAAUCCGUGGCACGUAGCCGGCGAAAUGCGCCAGCAGCAGCAGCAGCAGACGCCGCUACGGUGAAGAGCGCCGCUCAUACGAGCAACAGCAGGAGCAGCAGCAACAGCAGGAGCAGCAGCAACAGCAGGAGCAGCAGCAACAGCAGGAGCAGCAGCAACAGCAGGAAGCAGGAGCAGCAGCAACAGCAGGAGCAGCAGCAACAGCAGGAGGAGCAGCAACAGCAGGAGCAGCAGCAACAGCAGGAGGAGCAGCAACAGCAGGAGCAGCAGCAACAGCAGGAGCAGCUGCGACGAUCGCAGGGGCGAGAGGGUGACCGAGAGGAUUUCACAGUGGUGGUGGUGGUGGUGGAGGCCUUCCGACGCCGCCCAGUGGCGCAUCCUCUCGGCCGUGACGUUCUCUCGUCGCACGCAGAGGGCCUCGCCUCACCGUCGCCCGGCCCACCCACCCCCCCUCCCCCCGAAGUCCAUCGACCCCGACGUUCCAUGGACUCCACCCGCCGUCCCCUACGCGACGGCGCCUCGCGCUUCCGUCGCCGGUCGGAGAGGCCGGCGCUGCCGCGGCCGCCUCCCGGCGCGCACCGGAGCGACGCACGCCGGCAGGAGACCCUCGCCGAGCGUUUGACCUCUUGAGGAGGACCGUCGGGCGAGGCCAGGCCAGGUAAGGCCCCAAAGUGUCAUCUCUCGGGGCAGCCCAAGAAAGGACCCCCCCACCCCCGCGUGCCGAGAAGCCACGACCGAACACGCGGGCAGCAGAGUUCACGCGGCCCGGUGCCAGAAAUCCGUGCGGAAGGCUCGCCCCCACCCACCGCCUCCUCCACCGCCUCACCACCUUCACCCUCCCGCGACCCCCACUACCACCGAUGACGGCCGCGCGGAGAUGCGUCGGCGCGCGUCGUCCGUGACGGGAACGGCCGGCAGCGGCGGGCAGUGAUCACCGAGUCGGACUCCGGCCCGGCACACCAUGACCGCCUACGGCUACCGCAUGGACUACUGCUGCGGCGACCCGGACUGCUGCGACACGGCCGUGGGGGCCAACUGCUGGUACGGCGGAGGCCCUCACGGCGGAGGUCGGGCCUCCCCGCCUCCCUCCUCUCACAAACCGCCCGGCGGUGCCGGCGGUGCCGGCGGCGGCGGCGGCGGCUACGGCGCGUCCUCCACGCUUCCCUCUCGCAGGGGCCCUGGCCCCGUGGCCCUCGACGAUCGGCCGCGCGGGUCGGGCCACAGCGGGGGCGGCGGCGGCGGCGGCGGCGGCGGCGUCAGCCGCACGAUGGCGAGGGGCCACUCUGCUCCGGCGGCGGCGCCUGCGCACGUGCCGCACGGCGCUGCCGCGUGGUGGGGCGACGAACCCUCCUGGGUGCACGCGCACCACCACCACCACCACCACCCUCCCCCGCAGGCAAAUCCCCCUCCCAUCAUCGUCAACGCGGACAAUCUGGAUUCACCGUCUUACCUCAACGGCAGCGAGGCGGAGUACGAGUAUGAAGAGAUCACGCUGGAGAGGGGGAACUCCGGGCUGGGGUUCAGCAUUGCGGGCGGCACCGACAACCCGCACAUCGGCGACGACCCGGCCAUCUUCAUCACCAAGAUCAUCCCCGGCGGCGCGGCCGCACAGGACGGCCGUCUCAGGGUGAACGACUGCAUCCUGCGCGUGAACGAGGUGGACGUGCGGGAGGUGGCGCACAGCCGCGCCGUGGAGGCGCUCAAGGAGGCCGGCUCCAUCGUGCGCCUCUACGUGCGGCGCAGACGCCCGCUCAGCGAGACCCUCGCCGAGAUCAAGCUCGUCAAGGGGCCCAAAGGCCUGGGCUUCAGCAUCGCGGGCGGCAUCGGCAACCAGCACAUGCCGGGAGACAACAGCAUCUACGUGACGAAGAUCAUCGACGGGGGCGCCGCGCAGAAGGACGGCCGCCUGCAGAUCGGGGACCGCCUGCUCGCGGUAAACGCCAUGUGCCUGGAGGAGGUGACACACGAGGACGCGGUGGGGGCUCUGAAGAGCACCUCGGACGUAGUGUACCUCAAGGUGGCCAAGCCCACGAGCCUCUACCUGUCGGACACCUACGGGCCGCCCGACGUCACCAGCGCCUACCCCCCCAGCAUGGACAACCACGUGAUGGGGCCCAGCGGGUACGGGGGCGUCCACGGCCCCCCCUCGCCCUCCCGCUACUCCCCCGUGCCCAAGUCUCUGAUGGGCGACGAUGACAUGCUGAGCGGGCCGCGCAAGAUCGCGCUGCACAAGGGCUCCACGGGGCUGGGCUUCAACAUCGUGGGGGGCGAGGACGGGGAGGGGAUCUUCAUCUCCUUCAUCCUGGCGGGGGGCCCCGCUGACCUCAGCGGGGAGCUGCGGCGUGGCGAUCAGAUCGUGUCGGUGAACGGCAUCGACCUUCGAGGAGCCACGCAUGAGCAGGCGGCCGCUGCGCUGAAGGGCGCCGGCCAGACCGUCACAAUCAUCGCGCAGUACAAGCCUGAGGAGUACAGCCGCUUUGAGGCGAAGAUCCACGACCUGCGAGAGCAGAUGAUGAACAGCAGCCUGAGCACGGGCUCUGGCUCGCUCAAGACCAGCCAGAAGCGCUCCCUCUACGUGAGGGCGCUCUUCGACUACGACCGCACCAAGGACAGCGGCCUGCCCAGCCAGGGCCUGAGCUUCCGCUUCGGGGACAUCCUCCACGUGGUGAACGCCUCGGAUGACGAGUGGUGGCAGGCGCGGCGCGUCACCCCCGACGGGGAGGGCGACCUCAUCGGGGUGGUGCCCAGCAAGCGCCGGGUGGAGAGGAAGGAGCGGGCACGUCUCAAGACGGUGAAAUUCAACGCCAAGUCCAGCACCCUGGACAGCAAGGGGGACUACCCCGGGUUCGGCGAUGAUGCCAUCCGGUCCAAGGCACUCCCCGACACCGGCGACGCCGAGGCUGGCGUCCAGGAGGAGUACAUCCUCUCGUACGAGCCCGUCCUGCAGCAAGAGCUGCGAUACGCACGACCGGUCAUCAUCCUGGGCCCCAUGAAGGACCGGGUCAACGAUGACCUCAUCUCGGAGUUCCCCGACAAGUUCGGCUCCUGUGUGCCCCACACGACGCGGCCCAAGCGGGACUACGAGGUGGACGGGCGCGACUACCACUUCGUGGCGACGCGCGAACAGAUGGAGCGCGACAUCCAGGACCACAAGUUCAUCGAGGCGGGGCAGUACAACGGGCACCUGUACGGCACCAGCGUGCAGAGCGUGCGCAACGUCGCAGAGAAGGGCAAGCACUGCAUCCUGGACGUGUCAGGGAACGCGAUCAAGCGCCUGCAGGCCGCGCAGCUUCACCCCGUCGCCAUCUUCAUCCGGCCCAAGUCCCUCGAGUGCAUCAUGGAUCUGAACAAGCGGCUGAGCGAGGAGCAGGCGCGCAAGGCGUACGAGCGUGCCCUCAAGCUGGAGCAGGACUUCGGGGAGUUCUUCACAGCGGUGGUGCAGGGCGACUCCCUGGACGAGAUCUACGAGCAGUCCAAGUUCGUCAUUGACGAGCAGUCGGGGCCUUACGUGUGGAUCCCCUCGCGCGAGAAGCUGUGAACCGGGUCGACCUCUGGCUCCACCGACAACAACAACAAACAACAACAACAAACAACAACAACAAACAACAACAACAACAACCGCCUCCCCCCUCCCCGCGCGGUUUGAGGCCGCCGCUACGGAACGGAGCUGCGGUCGACGCGAUUCAAAAUCCUCGCGGGAGGAGGGUCACAUGGCCCCCCACGCCCAAAUCCACCUCCACCCCACCCCCACCACCCCAUACAGGGGAGGCGACUUGGGCCCCCUCCCCUCUCUGGCGGUUCCCUCCCCGCGUACCCCCCACGGUUCGCCUCCACCCCCCCCCCCCACCCGCACCACCUCCACGACUCCGCUCGGUGUCAGCGUGCUGUGCGUCCACGCUCACGCGGCAGGCGUGGGUUGGAGCGCCACGCUCGGCCGCCGUCAGUGCUGCUGAGUUACAUUCCCCUCUGGCGGCCCAGCGUCAACCCCGAUGCGGUGCCUCGCCUAGGUCGACUCGGCCUUAAACGAGUGCGGACCGGCGACGUCCCUUUGCCGCGGGGGGGGGUGGGGGGAUCUCCGUGCUGUGAGAUUCUUCGUUUUUAUUUUUUAUUCGCCGCCCUGUUACGCCGACCGAGCUUUUGGCAACCGCAUUGCGACCCUCCACUACCUCCUCACGGUUCCUCUCCGCGUCCUUCUCUCUGACUCACCUGUCCACUCUGUCCACUCUCUCUGACUCACCUGUCCACUCUGUCCACCCUCCCUGACUCACCUGUCCCCGCUCCCUGACUCACCUGUCCACUCUGUCCACCCUCCCUGACUCACCUGUCCACUCUCCCUGACUCACCUGUCCACUCUCCCUGACUCACCUGUCCACUCUGU